CUUUUAAGUUAACAGUUUCCGACAUAGCUCUGUUCUUGCAGGUGGUGUGUUAUUCUGUUUGCUAAAUCUUUCGGAAAAUGGAUGCAGGAAAUAUCCUUGAGGCAAUCGCUGUGGGGCUUGCAUUGGAAUGGGAGAGAGAAAGGACAAGGCUUAUGAAAGAGUUGCUGAGAAAUUAUGAAGGUGCUCUUCUGGAGAAGGCUCUAAAGCGCUCGAUGCUAAUGGCAAAGAAGAAGGAAAUGCUUGCAGAGAUAGAAAGCGAGGAAAAAUUGAUUGAUGAUUUCAUGGUUUUCAUUGAAGCUGUUGAGAAUAACGAUGUGGAGAUUGCUCAGAAUUUUGAUGAGAAAGCUAUGAUGGACGCUAUUGUUCGUAUGCUGAACGGUGAUGGCAACUCUGGCGGGAACGGUGAAGGAUUUGGCGGCGUUUAUGGAGGGAAUAACGAUCUUGAGGUCGCUAUUGAGGGAACAGGGCGUGACUGCGGUGAAGGCAGCAACGCUGGUGGAGAGGGCGGCAGUCGCAAGGGUGACUGCCGUGAAUAGGGUCAUUGGUGCAAAUGACGGCUGCCCGCCGUAAGUAGCGUCGUUGCCGAUUGGUGGGUCUGGUCGCAUUUAAUGAUCUAUUUUUGUAAUAAAUAUGAAAAUUUUGUUUACUAGUACUUGUCUUUCACUAUGCGGGGUUCAAUCUGUUUGGAGGAGUGGUGCACUUAUACGUUGGCUGGAUUGGAAAAAAGGAUCUAAGUUUUUUCAGGUGAUGUCUAGGGUCUGUCCCUUAUUGGAGCUGUUAAGGCAUUGGCAGUUUUAAGUGUGUCUGUAAUAUGCCAAAUGUAUGCUCUGUUUCUUUUGUCCGUUUUGAUUGCUCGAAUCUGGUUUUCUGUAUCAUGAGGUGAUUCUGUUUUGAUUGCUAAAUCUGUUUCUUUUGUCUGUUUUGUUUGGUCAAUCCCGACCUUGCCAUGGUUUUGUAUCAGACUUCUGAUACUUAAUAAAAAAUCUGAUUGAUC